GACAGAAAGCCAAAGACUUUACCUUUAAGAAAAUCUCAGCCAUAGAAAAGAGAAUUCACAAGGAAACCAAAGGAGCUCAUUGCGUAGAUGAUGGUGAAGAUGGCGUGGAGGCUGACUCUUGCCGUGGCUGUGGUGUGUGUCGGCAGUGUGUGCAGCAAUGGACAGGUGGACUUAAUGAGCAGACUGCUCAUGCAGAGAGACUACGGGGUCAAACUUUGUGGGCGAGAGUUCAUCAGAGCUGUAAUCUUCACCUGUGGAGGAUCUCGCUGGAGACGCUCUACUGAUGACUUUGAAAGCCAGCAGUGGGAGAGCCAGCAUGAUGCCACAGACGAGGAUAACAAGCAGAGCUUGCCGCAUAUUACCGAGCUUAGAGACACUGGCGCUCCUCUCCUCAGCUCCCAGUCGCUCUCUCUGGCUGACCUCUUGGCCAUUUACGGUGCAUUAGGAGAGAGGCAGCCUCAAUAUCAGCAGCAAUUCCUCAAUGAACCCAACCCACUGGAGAAACCCCAAGCCUCCUCAUUUUUAGGGGAACAAGUUGUAUCUUCUCUCACAGAUAACUGGCCCAUGUCCAGUAAGAAGAAGAGGAACUUUUCUCUGGGCGUGGCAGGCAUGUGCUGUAGCCAAGGAUGCACCAAAAACGAUAUUGGACGUUUAUGUUGAAGACAAGUGACUUUAGUGUGAGUGAUGUGAUGGAUUAGUAUGAGAAGGAUUUCUAUUAUGUGACAAAAAUCUUGAGUUCUUAGUCAUAACCACUGGUCAUCAUCUAUAAUGUCAUCAAUCUGAAAGCAGAUGUUUCAGGGCAGAAAUGUAUUCAGCUUUUUAUUUGUGCUAAGUUAUGAACAAUUUUAGCACCUGUGCUUUCUGUAUUUGCUCAGAAAUAAUAAAUAAAGUGUAUGACCCAUCACUUCACUCUCAUGUCUUAACUUGUUUGACCUGUUCUCUUUACGACGCCUUUUUAAA